AUGGUGUCUUACACCGCGACCAGCAGGCGCAUCAAGAAUGGCGGAAAUCUCGCCAAGGCCUGGAGAGGCAGCAGGAGCGGGAAGGGCUCGGUGGUGUGUGAGACGGCAGACGGCAGCAGCCCGCGCGAUUGGGCUCUGGGCGACGAUAAGGGACACGGGAGGGGCGGCACGGGAGGCUCCACGUGGGAAUUGGAGGAAUCCGAGCAGGCUCGCGCCAAUUGCAAGCCGCGACGGGAGGAGGCCCUCCCGCUGCCUGGCAGCCGUCGAUUGGUGGGCGAUCGGACGGAUCAGACGGGGUACGGGAUGAUAAACGGCAGUCCUAAGGGCCAUGUCAACAGUCAGACUUAUCGCAGUGAAAACGGCUGGCAGAACGGUCAGAAAGCUGGAAACGUGAGCGGCCAGGUGAACGGCCAUGCGAAUGGGAAAGUAAAUGGUCAGGUGAACGGCCAUGCGAACGGGAAAGUAAACGGCCAGGUGAAUGGCUACGCGAACGAGAAAGUGAAUGGUCAGGUGAACGGGAAGGUCAACGGCCAGGUCAAUGGCCAGGUUAACGGCCAAGUUAACGGCCAGGUGAACGGCCAAGUUAACGGCAAGGUUAACGGCCAGGUCAACGGCCAAGUUAACGGCAGAGCCAACGGCCAAAGUAACGGCCAAGUCAAUGGCCAAGUCAACGGCCAGGGACCUGCGAUGGGGCAGUACUCCGAGUACCCGUUUCCGGACGUGAUGCCAUGGGCGUGGGACGGAGACAGCAGCGCGUGGAGCCAUUUCGAAAACGAAAACGCUCCGUCAGGCCAGCAGCGCCUGAGCGACGACGAGAACGGAAAUGCUCAUUCACACGAGACACAGCAUGCUCAUACACACGAGCAGGAAGAUGAUCAGUCCGGUGCCGGCGGCGCCGGGCGCGGAGCGGGUGCUGCUGCUGCUGCGGAAGCGGGGAAUGCGGAAGGGGCGCUUGAGGUUGCGCGCGCGGUUGCGCUGCGGGCUGUAGCGCGGAUGGUGGCGGUACUGGCGGUGUUGCGGUCCGCCUUGCCGUAUGGCAGCUGGUGGCGCAUGGAAGAGGAUGCGGAGAAGGCGCAGGGGCAGGGGAAAGCGUCUGGGGAUGACAUGGGGUACGAGGUGGCGGCCGGUGAGGGGAAGGGGGAAGGCGGAGCGGGGGCGGCGGAAGAUGAGGGGGUGGGGAGCCUGGGGGAUGCGGGUCGGAAGCUGUGGCGAUUCUGUGCGCCGGAUAAGGGACUGGUGGUGGUGGCUUUUGUCUUCCUGUCACUUGCUGCGAUAUCGGAGGUGACGAUUCCGCAUUUGCUGGCGUCGACCAUCUUCGCGGCGUCCAACAACAUGGGCGCGCAGUUCAACCACAACGCCAAGCUGCUCGUCGCGCUCACGCUCGCCUGCGGUGCUUUCAGUGGGCUGCGCUCCUUCUGCUUCACGGUGCUCAACAUGCGCAUGGUGUGCCGCAUGCGGGAGGCGCUCUUCUCAACUAUCAUGCACCAGGACGUGAGUUUUUUUGACAAGGAAUCAGUGGGCGACCUGACCUCGCGCCUGGGCGCGGACUGCCAGCAGGUGGCGCAGAGCACAGCGGGGGACGUCAAUGUGAUGCUGCGCAACGCCCUGCAGGGGGCGGGCGCCAUGUGCUUCCUGCUGCGCCUCUCCUGGCGCAUGGCGCUCAUCUCCGCGGGGCUGUGCGCCCUCAUGUGGUGCUGCCUUGUUGCAUACGGCAGGUUCCAGAGGGAAAGCGCCCGGCUCAUCCAAGACACUGUCGCAUCUGCCAAUGAGGUCGCAGAGGAGACCAUCUCACUGGCUCGUGUGGUCCGCACUUUUGGCACGGAGCAGCAGGAAGUCAACAGGUACAAGGUUCCGCUGCAGCGCCUGCAGCAUGUGGGUCUCAGGCGCUCUGUGGCGUAUGGCAUGUGGAACUUCGGGGGCAACACCAUCUACAAUGCCACUCAGGUCCUCGCACUGAUCAUGGGCGGCAGUGCAGUGAUGGCGGGAGCCAUAACAGCGGAGCAGCUGACGCAGUUCAUUCUGUACGCCGAGUGGGUCGUGCACGCCACCUGGUGGGUGGGCGACCACUGGGCGUCCCUCAUGGACUCCCUGGGCGCCUGCAGCCGCGUCUUUCAACUGCUGGACCUGGCACCGGCACCACAGCUCGCAAACACAAAAGGCUUACAAAUGCCAUGGCUGCAAGGCAAGAUUGAGUUCCGAGAUGUGUCCUUCCGAUACCCAACCCGCCCUGAGGCCUCUGUGCUGUCCCAUGUGAGUCUCACCAUCAAUCCAGGCGAGCUGGUGGCGCUGGUGGGGCUGAGUGGCAGUGGGAAAAGCACUCUCGUGGGGCUGCUGCAGCAGCACUACGAGCCCACACACGGAGAGAUUCUUCUGGACGGUGUUCCUAUAAAGGAGUUUGACACGAAAUGGCUGCGCGGGCAGAUGGGGGUAGUCAGCCAAGAGCCUCGUCUCUUCAGCACAGACGUGGCAGCAAACAUUUCAUACGGCUCGGGCAGCCGAAAAAAGAGCCACGAGGAGAUCACACGCGCGGCCUGCGCGGCGAACGCACACGAUUUUGUUUCCGAGCUGCCCGAGGGGUACGCGACAGUGGUGGACAACUCGCGGCUGAGCGGCGGGCAGAAGCAAAGAAUUGCGAUUGCCCGGGCCCUGGUGCGGGACCCGAAGAUAUUGAUUCUGGAUGAGGCGACGAGUGCGCUGGAUGUGGAGAGUGAGAGGAACGUGCAGGGGGCACUGGAUGAGGCGAUGCGGAAGGGGAAGAACGGCCGGCGCGAUCGCACCGUCAUUGUGAUUGCACACAGGUUGUCAACAAUCCAGGCAGCAGACCGCAUUGUGGUGAUGGCUCAUGGCAGGAUAACGGAGGUGGGCACACAUGCACAGCUCAUGGCAAAGGGUGGUGAAUAUGCAAGGCUGGUGAACAUGCACGACCAGGCACCAGCAUUCGCAAUGCCUUAA